GAGACAUGGCGGAGGCGGACCUCGCCCAGAUCCCCGAUGUGGACAUCGACUCCGAUGGCGUCUUCAAGUACGUGCUGAUUCGAGUCCACGCGGCGCCGCCCUCCGGGACCCCGGCCGGAGAGAGCAAGGAGAUUGUGCGCGGCUACAAGUGGGCCGAGUACCACGGGGCCACCAUGCUGAGCCGCCUUCCCCGUCCCAGCCGACAUCUACGACAAGGUAUCCGGCGAGAUGCAGAAGAAGGGCUACGGCUGCGAGUGCUUGGGAGGUGGGCGCAUCUCCCACCAGAGCCAGGACAAGAAAAUCCACGUGUAUGGCUACUCCAUGGGUUAUGGUCGUGCCCAACACUCCGUCUCCACAGAGAAAAUCAAAGCCAGGUACCCCGACUACGAGGUCACCUGGGCCGACGACGGCUACUGAGGCCCUCCCGAGGCUGCCACCUCUAGCAGCCCACUCAGAACUUUGCCCUUGAGGCCCCUCCCAAGGGGCUGGGCUGCACCCCCUAGCGCUGUGCCACCCCGGCCAGGCCUCGGAGACAGACCCAGCCUGGCAUCAGCGCCUGGAUUUACCUCUCCCACAGAAAUUAAAAGCAUUGUCAGUUCUGCUGGUCUUCAGAUGCUGUGUGUCUUGGCUUCUAUGCUUCUGGUCACUUCUCCAGACCCCUGACUAGAGUGGGUGAGUGGCAGAGAGCCAGAGGCAGCCCUGGGGGCUACAGGUUCCCUCCUGGCUGCCCCUCACCCGAGAGCCCCAGGGAGUGGCAGUGCACACUCAGCCGUUUGGGGUCUGAUCAUGGGGCCCCUGGGCUGCUGCCCUCCUUUAUGGCCUGAUUGCUUCUCCACGCGGCUGCUAUCCCCAAGGACAUCUGGGAGGAGGCCCGACAAGUCCUUGCGCAAGGAGUCAGUGCCGGGUCUGUUGACCCUGCUGAGGCAGGGGUGCCAUCCCAGUGUGUGGGGCAGGGAGGGCACCAGCAGCCACCAUCCAGGCCAUCUGACGUCAGUGUCCCCAUGUGAUCUGCCAGCUGAGGUCACACAUGAGGUGGCGCACAACCCUCUGCUUCCAAGAUCAGGUCCUGCGGCUCUCGCCCCAUGGCCACCAGCUCCCACUCAAACUGAACAGACUUCAGACCUACAGCUGGGAGCCCCUCUCCUGGGACCCUCCCAGUGCACGGCUGCGGGGGACACGCUGUAGGGGGUGGAAGUGGCAUGUGGGGAGAGCAGGGCCAGGCACAGCUGAGGCACAGCUGUCCCCGUGGCUCACCAUGAGCAUGGGUGCUCCUCAUCGCGGCUGCCAUCCUGUCGUGUGCGCCUUCUGCGAGCUCGCAGGCAGCCUCAUGGGAGCCUCUCUAGGCAGGUGUUAUCGUGACCACGUUUCGUAGAUGAGGAAACUGAGGUUCAGGUAAGACAGGUUCCCACGGUCACACAGUCGUAAAUUGCAGGCAGAGCCUGGUCUGUACCCUGUCCGGGGGUCUGUGCCAUGAGAAGCAGAGCCUCCGGCUCGUCUGCCCCUUUGCCUGGCAGUGCCUGGCCCACACUGCUCAGGACCGUUGUUGAUGAAUAAAUGACCAUUGCUUACAAGUGAGUAAGUGAAGGGGUGCACAGGCUGAGUUACAGAAGAAGACGAUGUCCCUGGUGGCUAGGGGCCCCCAAGACGGGGCAGGGGUUGCUCCGGGCAGGGCUGAGGCCCAGGAGAAGUGGCCACAGCCUGUACCACUCCACCGGGGCCUCCACCCCAGGGUCUGACCUUCGGUCUAAAGGAUCUGGACAGGUGGGAGCCAGCCUGCGCCAGGGGCCCCUCUCCUAGACGCUUUUACAACCGGAUGUUCGUCCUCGUCAGCGCAGGGUGGGGCUAGCCGAGGGGCCGCAGGUACAGAAGAGGCCAAGCCCCCACUCUCCAGUGAGAGCAGAGUCACCCUGCAGGGCCACCGGCUGAUAACCCGGCGAAGUCCCCACCAGACUGGCCCUCGAGGAGCACUGCCGCUCGGCCCCAUUCCCUCUAGCCUGACCAUGCCUCUGCCUGGCCACCUUCUGCCCGCCCUGCUCCUGCUCCUGGGUGAGUCAUCAGGUCCGGCUCCUGAAGCAGAGGUGCUGGGCCUGCAUGGAAGGGGCAUUGCAAGGCCCAGGCUGAGCCCCUGGGGUCCUGGGGUUGCCCCACUGGGGAAGGGGCAAGAGUUCUGCUCUCCCUGGUCCCAGUCCCACCCAGGCCCCAAGGCAGGAGGGCCCUGGAGGCAGAUGCUAGUCUGCCACUCUUGGACCAGAUGGAGGCUGAGGGGGCCUGGGCCACCCACUGAUCCAUCCCCUUGGGGAGCACCCUCUUGGAAGCCCCUCCAUUUCCCUGCUGGGCUCCUGCUCCCUUCCCCAGGAGGUCUCUCACAUUGGGAACCCGUGGUCCCAUGCUUGCCCACGUUCCCCAUCCUGACGUGCAGCAGCCUCUGGGGCCAGAUGUGCUCUGCUUGGCCCUGACAGGGAGCCCCCAGCUGGUAGUUCUCUGUGGGUCUCAGCCCCCCAACUAUGGACCCAGCCCCCUCUCUGCCUGAUCUCCUGGCCUGAGCCCCAAAGCAGGGUGACCAACGUUUUGGGCUGCCCGGGUAGGAGGGAUUUCUGGGAUGUGGGACGGUCCUGGGCAAACCGGGAGGGGAGUCAUUCUGCCCCAGGCCACCUGGCUGUCUCUGCUGGCAGCAGGGUUCCCAGGCUGGGCCUGGGUCCCCAACCACUGCAAGACCCCCAGCGAGGCCGUGUGCAACUUCGUGUGUGACUGCAGGGACUGCUCCGAUGAGGCCCAGUGCGGUUACCAGGGGGCUUCACCCACCGUGGGCGCCCCCUUUGUCUGCGACUUUGAGCAGGACUCCUGUGGCUGGCGGGACAUCAGCACCUCCGGCUACAGCUGGCUCCGAGACCGGGCAGGAGCUGUGCUGGAGGGUCCAGGGCCACACUCAGACCACACUCUCGGCACCGACCUGGGCUGGUACAUGGCUGUUGGCACGCACCGUGGGAAGGAGGUGUCCACUGCAGCCCUGCGCUCUCCCAUCCUGCAUGAGGCAGGCCCUGCCUGUGAGCUGAGGCUCUGGUACCACACGGCCUCUGGAGAUGUGGCUGAGCUGCGCCUGGAGCUGACCCACAGUAUGGAGACACUGACCCUGUGGCAGAGCUCAGGGCCCUGGGGCCCAGGCUGGCAGGAGCUGGUGGUGGCCACCGGCCGCAUCCGGGGCAACUUCCAAGUGACCUUCUCUGCUACCCGAAAUGCUACCCACAGGGGCACUGUGGCCUUGGACGACCUGGCCUUCUGGGGCUGUGGACUGCCCACCCCCCAGGCGCGCUGCCUCCCGGGCCAUCAUCAUUGCCAGAACAAGGCCUGCGUGGAGCCCCAUCAGCUGUGCGACGGGGACGACAACUGUGGGGAUGGUUCAGAUGAGGACACUCCUCUCUGCAGCCACCACAUGGCCACUAACUUUGAGACAGGCCUGGGCCUGUGGGACAAUUUGGAGGGCUGGGCCCGGAACCACAGCACGAGUAGCCCCGAGCGCCCCGCCUGGCCGCGCCGUGACCACAGCUGGAACAGCGCACAGGGCUCCUUCCUGGUCUCCGUGGCCGAGCCCAGCGCCCCUGCCAUCUUGUCCAGUCCUGAGUUCCAAGCCUCAGGCCCCCACAACUGCUCGCUUGUCUUCUAUCACUACCUGCACGGCUCUGAGGCUGGCAGCCUCCAGCUGCUCCUGCAGACUGGGGGCCCCGGAGCCCCCCAGGCCCCCGUCCUGCUGCGCAGGCGUCAUGGGGAGCUGGGGGCCAUGUGGGUCCGAGACCGAGUUGACAUCCAGAGCAAGCACCCCUUCCGGAUCGUCCUGGCGGGGCAGACAGGGCCGGGGGGCAUUGUGGGCCUGGAUGACCUCAUCCUGUCAGACCACUGCAAACCAGUCCUGGUGGUGUCUGGCCCACCUCCGGGGCUCUGGGCCCCAGUGCCCUGGCCCCAGCCAUCCAGCCUGCAGCCCUGGGAUUUCUGUGAGCCAGGACAUCUCUCCUGUGGGGACCUGUGUGUCCCCCCAGAGCAGCUGUGUGACUUCCAGCAGCAGUGCAUGGGGGGCGAGGACGAGCAGGAGUGUGGCACCACGGACUUCGAGACCCCCAUGGCUGGGGGUUGGGAGGAUGCCAGCGUGGGGCGGCUGCAGUGGGGGCGUCACCUGGCCCAGGAAAGCAGGGUCCCUAGCACCCAUGCCAGCGGGGCUGCUGCUGGGUACUUCCUGUCCGUGCAAAGAGCCUGGGGGCAGCUGACGGCGGAGGCCCGGGUUCUCACACCAGCCCUGGGCCCCUCAGGCCCCCGCUGUGAACUCCACAUGGCUUACUAUUUUCAGAGUCACCCCCAAGGCUUCCUGGCGCUGGUCGUGGUGGAGGAUGGCAACCGCGAGCUGGUGUGGCAAGUCCCAAGCAGCAGCAGCGGAGGCUGGAAGGUGGACACGGUGCUUCUUGGGGCACGCCACCGGCCCUUCUGGCUGGAGUUUGUUGGCCUGGUGGACUUGGAUGGCCCUGGGCACCAGGGCGCGGGGGUGGACAACCUGAUCAUGAAGGACUGCAGCCCCACGGCGACCAGCGAGACAGACACAGAGAUCUCAUGUAACUUUGAGCGGGACACAUGCGGCUGGCACAUCAGCCACCUCACAGACAGUCACUGGCACCGCAUGGAGAGCCAUGGCCCUGGGUACGACCACACCACAGGCCGAGGCUACUUCAUGCUCCUCGACCCCACAGACCCCCCAGCCCGGGGCCCUGGUGCCCAGCUGCUCACCCAGCCCCAGGUGCCGGCAGGCUCUCGGGAGUGUCUCUCCUUCUGGUACCACCUUCACGGACCCCAGAUCGGGACGCUGCGCCUGGUGAUGAGACGGGAUGGGGAGGUGGACACACACCUGUGGUCACGCUCUGGCACCCAUGGCAACCGCUGGCACGAGGCCUGGGCCACCCUCCACCACCAGCUGGACUCUGGCACCAAGUACCAAUUGCUGUUCGAGGGCCUCCGGAACGGGUACCACGGCACCAUGGCGCUGGAUGACGUGGCUGUGCGGCCUGGGCCCUGCUGGGCUCCCAAACGCUGCUCCUUCGAGGACUCAGCCUGCGGCUUCUCCACCAGGGGCCAGGGCCUCUGGAUGCGCCAGACCAAUGCCACAGGCCACACUGCCUGGGGCCCUCGUGCUGACCACACCACGGAGACGGCUCAGGGGCACUACAUGGUGGUGAACACGAGCCCACAGGCCCUGCCCCGCGGCCACAUAGCCUCCCUGACCUCAGAGGAGCACAGGCCACUGGCCCAGCCUGCCUGCCUGACCUUCUGGUACCACCUGAGCCUCCAAAACCCAGGCACCCUGCAGGUCCACGUGGAGGAGGCCAGGAGACGCCAGGUGCUCAGCAUCAGUGCCCAUGGAGGGUUUGCCUGGCGCCUGGGCAGCGUGGAUGUACAGGCUGAGCAGGCCUGGAGGGUGAGUGUGCAGGUGGGUCCUUCCUCACCCUCAAAGGCUCCAGACUAUGUGAGGCUACUCUGCCCUGUGCCUGCCCAGGUGGUGUUUGAGGCUGUGGCCGCCGGCGUGGAGCACUCCUACAUCGCUCUGGACGACCUGCUCCUCCAGGACGGGCCCUGCCCUCGGCCAGCUUCCUGUGACUUUGAGGCUGGCCUGUGUGGCUGGAGCCACCUGCCCUGGCCCAGCCUGGGCGGAUACAGCUGGGAUUGGAGCAGUGGAGACACACCCUCCCGCUACCCCCAGCCCAGUGUGGACCACACCCUGGGCACGGAGGCAGGCCACUUUGCUCUCUUUGAAACUGGCGUGCUGGGGCCUGGGGGCCGGGCGGCCUGGCUGCGCAGCCAGCCUCUGCCUCCCACCGUGGUCUCCUGCCUCCGCUUCUGGUACCACAUGGGCUUUCCCGAGCACUUCUACAAGGGUGAGCUGAGGGUGCUCCUGAGCAGUGCCCAGGGCCAGCUGGUCCUGUGGGGUGCGGGCGGGCACCUGCGGCACCAGUGGCUGGAAAGCCGCCUGGAAGUGGCCAGCACUGAGGAGUUCCAGGUGAGGCCAGGAGACCUCAGAGGCUCAGGCGGGGUUAUCCUUCUCCUCGGAUCCACACAACCUCUUUUCUCCACCUAUCAGAUCGUGUUUGAAGCCACGCUGGGUGGCCAGCCAGCCCUGGGGCCCAUUGCCCUGGAUGACAUUGAGUAUCUGGCCGGGCAGCGCUGCCAGCUGCCUGCACCCAGCCAGGGGGACGCGGCAGUGGCCACAUCUCAGGCCACAGUGCCAGCUGUGGUUGGCGGUGCCCUCCUCCUCCUCGUGCUCCUGGUACUGCUGGCACUCGUGGGAAGGCACUGGCUGUGGAAGAAGGGGGACUGUGCCUUUGGGGCCAAGAGGGCAGCUGCAGCCCCAGGCUUUGACAACAUUCUCUUCAAUGCGGAUGGUGUCAUCCUGCCGGUGUCGGUCACCAACGACCAGUAGACGACUCAGAAAGGCCUCAGUUAGUCACAGGAGCCCCCACCGCACCCAGGACGCACCAAGACCCCACGUGCCCCGACCCUGCAGAGACAGCACCUCAGACACGGUCCUCACGCUGACAAUAAACGCCCAUCAGGGCAGCCCUGC